AUGAGAUGCCUGGCGCAGUCUCUGGUGUAUACCCUCAACUACGACAUCACCACUACCCUAUCAACGCAUAGGUGCCUGGUGUACCUUGCAUUCCCUUUCCCUUUGUUGGCUACCGCCUUGAUGGUGGGUGCUGUUAUUACGACCUGCCAGUCCAACCUUCUUCUCAGCCCAGUGGCACCGACAUACCUGUCAUCACGAAACUUUCUCCAGUCCGGUCAAGCUUUUCUCGUGCGUCAGUAUUUCUCGACAAAUCUGAUAGCUGUGCGCCGUACCUGGUCAGUACCUCUCAGGAAGUCAUCGUCUCAGGCAUGUAUUGCCCACCUUUGCCCUUCACAUCCGUCUAUCUCUAACUACAAGACAGCAGCGAAUUGCCAGCCACACUUCGAUCAGGGACUUGAUCCAAUCCCGGUUUCUUCUUCUGAUCGACUUCAUCGUCUUCUUGGCUUUGGCCCUGUCGUUGGGAAGGGCUUUGAGUGCCUCCCUCUCUUGCCUGAUGGCUUUCUUGACCUCCUGACGAAGUCCUGUCAUGGUGCAAGUAAGAGCAUGAGUGCCAAGAAUAGCCAGUUGCCGGAUAAGCUCGUCGGGGAGCCUUUUAUAUUCCUCGAUCUCGAUGACCUCCAAAACUUCGUCCCUUGCAGCUUCAAUUUCCUGGAAGGAAUCUUCGUUCUGAAGUGUCCGUCUGUGAUUCUCGACAUCGGUGAGGUUGAGGGGAAGUCCAUUAAUGUACUGCCGCUGGAAUUCGUUCGGAUAUGCCGUACAGACGAGCUUUCGUUUAGGUGUGCCGCCAUCCUGUUCUGUUGUUGUCUCGCGUUUGAUCGUCUCCAGGGGCGUGUCAGAGGCACCUUCUUAUAA